CUCACUGCAGUGAGAAUCGGAGCGCAGAAUUUUGGGAUUUUUUUAUCACCAAGAUGCUGCGUUACAUGCUACUGUUCUUUAUCACUGCAUUGCCCAUUGUCAUUCUUCCUCGCACAAUAAGCGGCGUUCAAGGAGUAAGUCCAUAUUUUAUUAACUGUAGAUUGAAACUGUUUAAAGUGUAAAUUGUUAAAUUGAUGGGGUGGACGAAAUGUGCCUCAAGUGGUUCUUGAUUCAUCUCCUUCCAAUUUGCCUUGUAGCAUGUAUGGGGGAGAAGCGAAGGGAGAAUUUAACAUUAGAUCAGGAUUCGCUUAGUCCUCAAUUCCAAACCUCCUUUUGUUUUUCUUUACAAUUCUUACUCCCGCAUCGUUGGAGAUCUGAAAAGUCAGUAACAGAUAACGGAUUUUUACUUUACAGAGUUCACUGCCAAACUACCAUGAAGAAAAGAACAUGUACCAGAGCUACUGGAAAGACACGAAAAUCAAGGAAGUUGAUGAAGAUGCUAAAAUAUCAGCAAAAGGUAUUACUGAAAAAUAUACAUUAGCUAUAGCAUCGCCAUUAUUCAUACUCACUUACUUUUUCAAAUGUAGUCAAACAAUUCCAGGGGCGUAGCCAGCUUUUCGACUAGUUGCACGCUUGGCUGACUUUGAUUUCCACAUAUCCUGAAAACUGCACGCAUGACUAGUACGCACUGACCUCACCAACACUUUGAGCUCUUAAGCUUUUUAGCUCACCUCAACAACGCAUGAUUUAUUAAAAGCGGUAGAGUGAUCAAACCAAAAAUUUGUAGGCCCGGGCCAAGAGGUCUUUAUAAUGGGCUGCCUACGCCCCUGACGUUUGGAGUUGAAUUCCUGAGAACCAUAUCCAGAUUUAGAAAGAGAAAGAAAAUUUCGUUGUCGCUUGUUGCGUGAUCCAUAAAACGUAAAAUUAGGCGAGUUCGCGUCAUAGUGGAUGACGGCCAAAAAAAAUGAACAAACCGUGUUAUGCACGUGCAGAGUUGUUGUUUUGCUGAUUAAGCCUAUUGUUUUUUUGACGUUCGCUUUGUAGUCACCUAGGUCCGAUCUUUAGAUCCCUGUUAUGAUUUCGAAUGAGUAUGAUGGAGCUAAGAAUGGAUUAUUAUACGUUUCUGGGAAACUGUCCACCUACCCCUCCCCCAUAAGCCAACAUUUCUGACAACCAGUUACGCACUCAGACGGGUUAGUGGUCCCGCCUAUAGCUUCCAACAAGAGCCUCCCAGUCAGAAAACCUAACCACGUUCAACCCGCAGUGCAUGCGGUUGACCGAGGGAGCGAUGUCUGACCAGAAGUGGACGUAUUGUAUUCUUGGGAAGCGAUUUUGCCCAAAUGUUUGGCCAAAUCGUCUCUAUACACGUAAACGCACUUAGCACUGAGACACACUUGGUAGCUUCAUGGUAUAUUAAUAGACUGCGCCUCAAUCCCGGUUGACGUGCGCCGUCUAUGAACGCCGGUUUAAUUUCGGAAGCCAACAAUGUUCUGUUCUAUUUUAGAGUGUUACCAUUACACGUUCCUUAACGAGUCAAGCAGAGCAAACUCCUUUUACAACAUCAGUAUUGACUUCCUUUGUGAUGAUGAUCUUAACGGAUGGUAUCGCUUUGGGGGAAAUGCUGGAAAGCAAAUGGCGGAUUCAUGUGUUCCGGAGUUUCGAUGUGGCGCAGAACUGCCGGGUUGGCUGAAUGGCAGUCAUCCUGAAAUAGCUGAGGGUGCUGUCCGACGCAAAGUUUGUUUCCGUUACAAAAACAAUUGUUGUGAAUACUCAACAAGCAUCACAGUCCGUAACUGCGGAGGAUUCUACGUCUACCACCUUGGGAAGCCCCCAAUUUGUAACUUUCGUUACUGCGGCAACGGAACACACAAACCAAGUGAGAAUUUAAUUUUCCCGUAUAACCUGCGUUGUCAGUUAUUCCCAACCUCCUCUUCCCUCAGCCACCAACCCUUCCCCCUUCGCAAUUUGUGACACCGGAACCUCGGAUCCUGCAUGGGAGAUUUGUUCCCCCGGCCUUCCUCGUCUCUUUUUACGCCUCAAACACGAUAAUAUAUUUUCGCUUUUUCGUAUAUCAAAUACGGUACACAAUGUUUCAUCGUACAUUACCGAGGAAAGCAUUAAAAAUAUCCGAAGCGUAGCCGAGUGUGACAGAUUUUUUUCCCGACUCUUCAAAUACAACGAACUCGAAAGCCGUUCCAGAUAGAAGACUCUGACUACCAUUGAUGCCUCAUACUAUCAUUACAAACAGCCAGAUAGUGACUACCAUUACACUCAAACUACUCACUCUUAGUCUCGCAGUUGUGGGCCAAAUGCCCCCCACACCGUAAGCCAUAAAGUUUCAAGUUUUCGUGUGCGACACAUGAAUAUGGUGCUUGAGGACCUGCACUUAGCCGGGUGGGUCCUGUUAUCGUAGCUAAGGACUUCAAUUUUGUUGCUUUUAUUACUCUUCGGCACUUUUCCUCGACUUCCUUUCUUAUUUUAAGCACCUUGCCUUUACUUUAAGGGUUUAGAAUAUUAUGAAAUUGCGUUUCUAUCUUAUAAGGAUUCUCCUAUCAGAUUGGAAAAGUAGACGUUUCGAAGACAAGGCAGGAAUGGAGUCGUAACAGCAGCAAAUGUGAAGUGCCGACUCACUGUACAUCGCCACGUUGCACAGAUGUGACUUUUCAUCGGGAAUUCGGUGGAUCACGGACUGUAAGUAUUUAUGACUGCAUACCAAGAUGUGUUUCCGCACUUUUAAAAAGGACGAAGCUAUGAGCUUAAACUUUAAGUCAUAGUAAAACUCAUGAACAAUGCAUCCACGGGGAAUUUUAAAUGAGUCAAGGAACUAAAAAAUGUGUAUUCCAACCCUUCAUCAACUAAGAGUCAAGAAUCGAAAAAAAUAAAUUCGCCAUCUUUGGGUAAUGUUACCAGACAGUUUCGUGUUGGUGUUAAUCUCAGAAUAUAGAUUUCUCAGUUGAAAUGACUUCAAGUUAGACCAUAGAAGCACUCGGUGUUUUCUUGAAAAUAAUAUUGUAAAGGAGACAAAGAAAAAACGUUACAACGGUCGAUCAAAUCGACUAAAACAAGGAGAACAGCUGAAAGGGAACAAGUUAGUACUUCGAUGGACUGACAGUGGCAUAUAAACGGCACUGGCGCGCUUUAUCUGUUUUUACUUAUACGUAUUUCUAACCGAUGCACAGGUCCACGUUUUUGUGUCACUGAGUCAUGAAGAAAACUCAUGGAUGGCUCACACGCCCUCGGCUCUGUGGGCAGAAUCCAUCAAUACAGUUGGAUUUAAACUAUGUUCGCGCACGGCGGGUAAUAAAAACGACACGGGAAUGAUCAACUGGUUAGCGUUCGAAGACCAGCCAAGCACAGACAUAACGCAUGGAAGCGUUGCUCUUGGUGGAAUAUGGACAACAGAAACCAAGUGUGAAAAAGUGGCCUUUUCUCAGGUUAGAUCAUGAAAUUAGUUAACAAUCUGUUGAAAAUAAAGUACAAAAAUGCUACUUUUUAGCAGGAAUGACAUUGUGCUUUCUGUGAUUUCUCAAGGUUUUUUGGUAUGUAACACAUUAACGUCAAUCAGUGGCGGACGGAGGAUUUUGUGAUAGAGGGGACCUAGAGAUAUAGUAACUGUAUACAGUGGUAAUAUGGGGGCGGUAGCGCCCAUCAGAACUGCGAACGGCGCACUUUUCUAGGGAGUUUCGGGCGCAUGGUCCUCCGCGAAAAUUUUUGAGAUUGAAGUUCUCUGUAGUCCAGCUGUUAUCGACCGAAAAUAUAGCGAAUUGUUCACUUUUAUGAUAAAUCAUGAAACUUUGCCAGAUUACAACCAACCCUAAGACUAACAUUUCUGGAUAUGGAGCCAAGCCAAAUUCAACGCUGGACACGAGUUCUGCGCAGGCCCUAAAAUGGCCUACAUGAAAACGAGGCUGACAGUGGAAAUGCUUCUAAAAUACCAGUUUUUAAGUGUUUUGGUAAAUAAAACUUGUAGAUAUCGUGGAAGAAUACAUUUGUUUUGCUGUCAUCUUAUCUUUGGUGUCAAAUAUGGCGAAGUCGUGGUUGGGUGUCCUGUGCUGGGGCUGUCUUCUGCGCAUUUGGGCGUUUUAAGGGGUGAGAAUGGGAACCGAUUCACACCAUUUUAAAUGAUAACACUCUUGGAACUAUUUUCCAAUUAUCAAUGGUUGGAUUUGUUUUCAUACAAAUGUCAAUUACCACACGAAAACGAGGCAAGAAUCUUUUAAACUGUUUGAAGAGCCUCUAGAUAGCACUGCGUACGGUCAUUUGGGGGUGGAUUCAGAUAACAUUGCAUAAAAGCUUGCAUUGAACAAAAAUUGUGAUUGUAUGGCACUCUGGCUGUUGUUUUCCAUCUAAAUGUAGAGCGCCACUCAAAAACAAGGCAAAAAUCCUUUUGAUGAUCUUAAAAGCUAGCCUCCAGUUUCUAGCCUCCACGUUCCCGAUACUGCAUUAAGCUAUUAAUAUUCAAAUAAACGAAUGAAUCGUUUAGGGAAUUCUCCUUUCAAUUAUUAACAAAGUCAGUUACAAGGUUCAGUGCUGAAUCGAGGAGGUGGCCCGGCCCAAAUAGCUCUUCCCCCUUAAUUUUGAAGAAUGCCAAAGUUUGAUCCUUUCAAGUUGAAAUUAAUAUUACCGGUUGUUGCUUACAUUAAAUGCAUGAGUUAGAACAGUCUUUGAGGUAAAAAUGAACAGCAGCAAGCGAUCGUGCCUCCCCAUAUCUCUAUUACGUCUAAAAAAUAGAUGAUAGGAUAGUCUUGUAGAGACCAUUUUUGAAAUACGGAAUUUAAAGCUCCCAAAUUGAUAUUCCUUUAAAUUUUAUAUUAACACAUGAAAAUAUGAACAAGAUGAUCAAUCUGAAUGUAAUAAAAAAGGCCAUGUUUCUCCCCAUUAAGGACAAGAAAUUACGCCUUUCAAACUCAGCUCCCUGACAGAACAUCGAGCGCUUUCACAAAAAAAAAAAAGCAAAUUUGUUGCUACGUAUGCCGUCAAGGCAGAGUAUAUUUAGAGUGCAUGCCUAUCCCUUAUAAUUGAACAACAACUGAGCUACUUGAAAUAGAUGAAGGUAUUAGCUUAACUUUACUCAUUUUUCUAACGGUAAUCUUUAAUAAUAAUAAUAAUAAUAACCCUUAUAUAGCGCCGAUGUCAAUAUUGCUGUUUUCAUCAGCGCUUAAAAGUAAACAUAUUAGAAAGAAAAAAAAAAACACUAAGACUGCAAAAAGUAUACAUGCAAAAAGUGCAUGAACCUACCAACAAGAGUGAAAACAAUUUUGUCAACACUAAACUAUAAAAAUUACCUAGACUACUUAAAUCGUAAAAACUGCAUCAUGAUAAAACCUACUAACAACGAGAUUAAAAAGCACAUAAAAUCACAGCUUUCUGAAAUAAAAAUGUCUUGAGUGUCUUUUUAAAAGAUGCUACUGAGGGGCUACCCCUAAUUGCGUAGGGCAAUGAAUUCCAUAGUUGAGGAGCAGCAACAGCAAAAGAUGCGGUGCUUGAAAACUUUCUCAAAUAAAUUACAAUUUAGACACACAAGCUGUAGGCAACUACAGAUGGUUAAUUCAUACCACUCGAAUGAAAGAGAAUUUUCGAAUAAUUGGCACAAAAUUACUAUGAUUUGAGCAUUUCAAGUCAUUGCACUAGCCGUGAUGCAACACUAAGGCGGUACACUUUACGUUCAAAGAGCGCUCGUUACCUUAUAAUUAGGGAAAGUUUAAAUUCAAUAUCGACUUCUCGGUUAAUGUUUUUCAAUUUAGGAAAGUGUACCUCAUAUGAAAGGUUCAUAACCAAUUACGUUGGAAGAACUACAAUAUUUUAAAACGUUACAGAAAUGAAAUCCAUGGUCGUGUACUCAUCUAAGCCAAGAAAAACGUUAUCUUUUUCUACCACAAAAGUUGAUGUCAACGUUUUGUGCAUCGAUCCAGCCACAGACAAGUUGACCUUUUAUGCGGCAAAAAGUUCCAAAUCAAAGAAAAAUGGCGAAACAUCCAACCAAUAGAGCUGGUUUCUAUCGCUAACUUUACACCCACAAGUGAGUGUUCUACUACAGACAUCAAAGGGGAGUUAAGAGUGUAUCUUUAACAGACCAGUUAAUCAGAAACCAAUAAAAAUGGAAACUGCUGAAAAAAUUAAAAUGAUAGGGAUUUGCAGUGGGUAGGAAGAGAUUCAUAUGGGGUUUUGUGACUUGGGCGGCUUUAUUAUCCCACUCAACCCUAAGAUCAUCGUUCUCAAAGCAGCCGUAUAUACAGCAUGUUAAUCUCUUCCACGAGACCGACUUAUUCUGUAGGCUGCUUGGAGUAUUUCGCGCCAUGUGGAAUGACAAAGAUUAGCUUCAGCUCAUACUCCGCGAGCUUCAUAUUGUUCAAAAUGUUCAGCAGGCAGUUUACCGGUACCAGAUGAACGGCAGCACAGUAACAGAAAUGAGUUGAAAAGAAGGGUGUGGCUCAUUCAUUGCUUAUAUAACCGCAAGUCACCUUAUUCAAAAUGACGGUAGGUGCGCCAAGUAACGAAUCUGUGUAUCCAUCUAUGUGCAAAACAAAACAGAAACACCCUUCUAAAAUCGGUGAAGGAUAAUAAUCGAAACAGUGAAAUCUUUCCAUGAAUGAGAAGAUGGGAACUCAAAUGGUGAAAUGAGAUUUUACUAGUGUCGUAGAUCCCUAAUCCUAAGAAAAUUUAUUCCGUAUACUUUAAAACUGUGCUGCACACAUCCCACCAAGCAUGAGUUAACGUUCAUGCAUCUUGUUUGCAUAGACUGUAACCGGCUGACAAUUACUUUGUGGUCCAGACAUUUUAUACUAGUUUACCUUGCGUUUGCGUUAGCCUGCGAGCAAGCUCUCUCGAUUAACACCCCUCCCUCUUGCGUCUCCUUUUGAGUGCAGUUUGCACGUGACGUUUCACGAUAGCCCCAAAUAGACAGCUAGAACGUCGGCUGCACUUGUUUUUUCCUGGUUGACAAGCGUUAAGUGCAAACAACAGCGUUUGGGGAAAGAGUAGGUUCAAUUGGUUUUUUCGGCUUCCACUUGCGUUUGUUUAUCCAGCCUUCAUUAUCUUCAAUAAAACGAGGCAAGAAGUGAAAAAGAAGAUAAAGUGACCUUCACAGUGUUUCCUCAACUCGAGUAGUGCUCAUGCAACAUACCUGUCGAGCAGUGUAUGAAUGGGAUAUGUGUAGGGAACAACAAGUCUAAAGGUUUUAAUUUUGACUAAGGGGUAUAUCGUGGCAGUUUGUGGCUAUGAACUGUUUCUUUGGGACGGUGUCGAUUCACCAUUGGCAAAACUGGUGUACAACCUACUCUUUAGAUACAAUGACAUCUACAACUAUCUUGUGGAUACAACUAUCAGAAAGGGGGGUUCUUCAAUUCCUUAAAUAUGGCAUAUUUAAGGAAAAAGUCUAUGUCAUGUGACUUUCGAUUGUCGUCUGUGGAGAAAAAACUCUGCAAAAACGCCGUGCGAUCACAAUUUUUGAUCAAUUCAGGCUUUUGGGCAAUGCUCUAUGAAUCCAACACAAGAUGACGCACGCAGGGCUAACCGGAGGCUUUUCAAACCGCUGAAAAGAUUUUUGCCUCGUUUUCAUGUAAUGAUUUGCAUUUGUGCGGUAAAAAACAGCCCUUGAUAGACCUUGAUAAUUGAAAAAUAGUUGCAAGAGUGUUAUCAUUUAAACUUGCCUGCGCUGAAAAGGUGCUCCUUCUCACACAUGCACAGAAGCAGGAGCCGAUUUCGGCUCCUGACAGAAGACAGCUUCAGCACAGGACAACCAACAAUAGCCUCGCCAUAUUUCGAAGGAGGGGCCACGUGACACCAAAGAAAGCAUGACAGCAAAGCAAAUGUCUUCUUCCACGAUAUCUACGACUUUUAUUUACAGAAACACUCAAAAAUGGUAUUUUAGAAGGAUUUCCACUAACAGCCUCGUUUUCAUGUAGGCCAUUUUAGGGCCUGCACAGUAUUCGUGUCCAGUGUUGAAUUUGGCUUGGCUCCAUAUUCAGAAAUGUUAGUCUUAGCGUUGGUUGUAAUCUGGCAAAGUUUCAUGCUUUUAUCAUAAAAGUGAACAAUUUUGGUCGAUAACAGCUGGACUACUGAGAUGCAAUCUAUUGCAUUCUGAACGCUUAAAUUUUAUGAUGCUAGUAGGGGCCGACGCGAUUGCGGCGGGAGCGCAACCUCCCAGCAAAGGCAGCAAUAUUGUCUCCCUGAAAAACUGUCAAAUCCAGUUUGUUUCACAAGGAUAUUUACUGCAUGCAUUCCGGGAGCUUUGGUCAUUUGCGACCAAAAAUGUAGGCUUCGAACACAGAUUCAAAGAAGAUUUAUAGUAAAAAAUUCAACCAAGGAAAUGCAUCCCAAGGUCAUGACUCUAAGACCAAUCAUAAGUAAAUUCAUUGCAGCGGAUUGAUAAAUGUCAUCCUUCUCUUGUUGCCCUUGGCAUAGUCGUCAAUAAUUGCAUCAUAAUCCAGAGCAACGUCCUUGUGAAUAAAGAGCAGCGACAGUGCGUUAAGGCGGUGUUCUCGCAUGGUGCUUCUAAAACAUUUCUUUACAAAGCGUAAUGAUGAGUUGCUACGUUCCACAGUUGCACUUGUGACAGGGCCGAUCAUUAGGAGCCGCAAAAUUGUGUGGAGUUUGGAGUAUAGGCCUUUGUUGCAGGCUGCCAAUUCUUCUUGUAAAAUGGAGGCUUUUUCGGUUCUAUUGAUCCUGAAGAUGAAAGCAACCACUUACAUAUAUCGCAAGACAGAAAUGGUUUCCUUCGCGUACCACUGAAAAAACGUUUCAUAACUAUGUACAUGAGUACAUAUAAACUUAGUGAAACUGUGCUGUAUUCUUAGUAAAUUUGAAAUGAAAUCACCAUACCAAAAGCGCUUCCACAGCUCUGCCUCCUGAGACGCACUGCUUGGCAGUGGAAGAUCGGGCAAAUAGUGACGAAUAACGUUCUUUUGAGAAGACUUUUAAAGCUUCUGCAAGUUGGCAGGUAUAAGUAGCAUCUUUCGGUUUGUCGGUUUGAAGCUAGUUUAUAAGGGCGGUUGAUUCGAACAACAUUCGAUACAUUUUCUGCAGUAUUAUCAAUGUUUACUUAAGAAAAUAUAGUUAAGUAACACAGCUCGACGUACCAUCCGACACACGUUUACAAAAGAAAAAAAUUCCCGCACAAAAGGGGGCCUGGGCCUCCUGGGCCCACCCCUUAAUCCGCCCUUGUUAACGUUGUCAAAACCAAGGCCUCUGUCCCGGAUUAAUAUAUGGAUCAAAUUUCAGUCAAUCUACGUCCAUUUUAUUGUCCAUAGGCCCAUCUGACCUUGUAUUUUGUCUUCCAGGGCUUUGCCUCUAAGCCGUACGUGUUUGUUUCCGCAAAGUACGGCCGCAGUACAAAGCUAACUGAUGCUGUUUAUGUAUGGUUGGAGAAUGUAAAUUCUGAAGGUUUCGAAGUUUGCAUCAGGGAAUUCUUGCCUUUUGUUGGAAAACACAGAGAUACAAUUGUGGUACGUGGGAAAUAACGAUAAAGUAUACACGCAACAUAGAUAUAUGUUUUUUUUUCGGGAAUCCAUCGUCAUUUCACCAGCUGUGAUCUAGGACAAGGAAUAGGUAGUCUCUGGCGUCCCAUUAGGCUCCAUAUAAGGUCCUUUUAUAUUUAAAUUGUACUUAGCAGAUCUCCAGGACCACAUACUAUGCCAGUGUUUAACAGGUUAUCUUUUUGAGGUAAUGCGUUUUUAGAAUUCCUGCAAAAACCGGAAAGGGAAAAUUAGCAACCUCUCUUGAUAUGAGGCAUGAGCUAACUAGUACUUCGCAGGCUAUCAACUAAAACAGUAAAAUGAUGAUGAAUUCUCCAACUUAAUUUAGAUCAUUAUACGUUUCUGGGAAACGGCCCACCUACCCCUCCCCUAAGCCAACAUUAGCACUUACUUCUCACUUGGGGCAAAUCCAUCAAAUGAUCUCUUGGAUCAUUAUACGUUUCUGGGAAACUGCCCACCUACCCCUCCCCUAAGCCAACAUUAGCACUUACUUCUCACUUGGGGCAAAUCCAUCAAAUGGUCCCUUGGAUCAUUAUAAGUUUCUGGGAAACUGCCCACCUACCCCUCCCCUAAGCCAACAUUAACAUUUACGUUUCUGGGAAACUGCCCACUUACCCCUCUCCUAAGCCAAAAUUAGCACUUACUUCUCACUUAGGGCAAUCCAUCAAAUGAUCCCUUGGAUCAUUUACGUUUCUGGGAAACUGCCCACCUACCCCUCCCCUAAGCCAACAAUAGCACUUACUUCUCACUUAGGGCAAAUCCAUCAAAUGAUCCCUUGGACCAUAAUACGUUUCUGGUUUUCUUUCACCGACAGGACUGGUUCGCAUUCCUCAGGCUUGACAACGUGACUGUCGGAGAAAGGUUCUUUCCAAAUGACGGAUACCCGUCAGCUCAGGACAACUAUGGCUUCUGCCAGGUGAGUGGUAGCUGUCAAUUAGCUGUCAAGGUACCAAAGACCAAAAUACUAGAGUGUUUUGUUUGUGCUUUACUACGUUCAUCGAUGAGAACAACGAUCCUUUAUCCUGAGCCAUAGUCGAAACUAACUCUGGUUACGUCCGUCUGCGAAACAGCGAGGAAAUCCUUGGUAUGGGCCCCAACCCGUUUACCAGGAUUUGAGUACGCGCCAUAAUUGGUUUGUUUAAAAUGCCAUUGUCGAUUUGACAGUCAGGUUAAUGGGAAGUGCAAAACGUAUUUCAGAACAAGGAUAUCCCAGGAAGGAAAGGAAACCCCAGAACAAGGAUAUCGGCACGCUUCGCAGACGUUACUAACAGAGGUUAAAUUACGUUUGCUACACAGGCUACGAUUCUUUAUCGUGUUGAAAUCCUUAUUUCUUACAGGACGUUUCUUUCAAUAAAACAUUCCACGAGUCACCAGUUGUCCUUGUUUCUGUCAAUCACCGAUACGACCGCCAGGCGAAGGGCCGGUUUCUCCCGGAAAAUAACAUAAUCUCGACCUGGGUGGAGGUAGGUUUGUGUUUCGUUCUCUAUACGCACGUCAUUAGACAUUCCCAAAUAGGAAAACUUUUAAAUUUUAAACCACGGUAACACUUUGGUGUGUUCAUUUCCUGCCGUUCUCUUUUUCUUUAUUCUUAACCUGUCGCCAGGUUUUUAUUAUCAUUAUAUUUUUUAUUACAGCAAGUGUAAAAAAAUAACAUAACAUAUAAUAACGGAAAGGAAACGUUUCUUUUCGUUUCUUACCGCUGUUCUCGCUAUUAACAUGAAAACGAUUCUCGCCAGCAUAAUCUGCUAAAAUGAAAACACAAUUCUUUUGUAUUAUAAUAACUUGCUUGUACUUGCAUGUUUGUCUCUCUUUGCAGAACGUUGGCUUACAAUCUAUGAGGAUAUGUGUUAAAGACCUCAGUGGAUCAGGUCCUAUCCAUGACCCACUUACUGUAGCCUAUGCUGUUGUUGGAGGUACGUUUUUGACUUAGGCCCUUUAAGAAAGCUCUGAAACUGAACUCUACUAAAAUAUCCACCCUUUUUUUUUCAACAUAGACAUCGAUCCUUGUCUUAACGUGCAAUGCCCUCGAUUUGGAGUCUGCAAAGCGUAUAAUACUUAUGGCGGUCGCUGUGAAUGUAAUGAUCAAUGUCCAUCGUAUCAAGAUCCAGUGUGCAGUGCGAGCGGUAAGACAUACGACAAUCAAUGCUGGCAGAAGCUCGGCUACUGCAAAAGGCUUGAGAGCGACCCCCGUAUCUACCAUCCGGGAAACUGUGAAGGUAAGCAAGAUCGUAAACUGCCGCUUCUAAGCCGUUAUAGAUCCCCCUGGUUAUAAGCGCCCCCGAUUUUUUAUUAACGUUUUAAAUCUGAAAUAAAGUUUAACUUGAAUUUGUGAAAGUGGCAGAUUUUGAACAGUUGCUUCCCAUUAUAUAAAGCACGAAGAAUUAUGGUAAAAAUGCGAUAAUUAGUCUCCAGGAAUACCUUAAUAACCAGUAAAUGUAAAACUUACUUUGGUCAGUUACUGCUAGAAAUGUUCAAAAGAAUUUAAUCUCCCGAAGUGCUUUUUCUACUCUAGUUAUAAACCCUGGUGGGUAUAGGCCCCUCCGUUUAUUUAUAACAGAGUCCUCCUAAAACCCCAUACGAAGAUGUAUAAGCCCCUGCUUGCGACAGUUCCCGCUAUGCUGCAAUAAAAUAACUUGGAGUAACACCAAGCUGAUAUUUGGUGAAAUAUGAACAAAGUGAGACGGAUUGACAUCUCUCGUGGCUUUGCAGAUGUAGCGAAAUUUUCAAACACCAAAUUUGAAGUGGCUCUGCUCAACAAAGUCACGUUAUUACGCAUCCUCGUUGUUGUCAGCACUGUUGCUUUAUGUGAAAGGACUGGAUACAAUAAGAGCUCUAGCAAAUAAAUUCAUGGGCGACAGACUGUAAAUAUAAGUUGCUCCUGUCAAUAUCUAAAUGGAGGAAGUAAUCAUCAGUAUAAUGCCUAAAAUGCGAUUAAUUGAACAAUUAGUUUUUACUUUAUUAAAUCCUUUGGGAGUGGCCAUGGCCACCCACAAAAAGAGCAGCACAUGUACUGAUCACAGGACAUUUUUGUAGUAGUCAUUAACAACACAAAACAAAAAGGAAAUUCGUAACAUUACAACUGAACUCGACGAAAUUUGGUAAAAACUUCAGCUGAACCGCAACUGAACAAGCAACGCAAACGCACUAGAAAAAAUUCCAAAAAAAAAAAAUACGGCAUAAACAAACUUCGGCGCGCGUCGGUAUCCAGCUGAGCGGAAGGGCAGCGCCUAUGAAUAAGAGGCAUUGAAAUCAUGAGAUUAUUCACAUGAACCAAAUAGUGUUUUAAGUUGAUAUUUUUUUGUUGAACAGUUUUUCCUAUUGUGCGGGGCCGAGAAGACCUUCUCCGUGUUCCAAAAUGGCUCGAUUCAAGUUGUCGGACCGUUACAUUUCCAGCAUACCGGUUCUACCCGGAUAAACAGGUUCAUGUCCAAAUAACUGUCAAUCACAUCAAAUUGAAUGACUCUGUUAAAGUCCACGACGCGGUGACUGCAUGGACAGAAAACAUCAGCGUAAACAACUUUACAGUUUGUGCCUUGCAAGCAGGAAGGAAAAAAGAGAAAUUUACCCCUUUUGCCAGCAUUGAUUGGGCUGCCUAUCAAGGGAAGCCUCCUGAAGCACUCACGGGAACCGUUAAUUUGCCCAAAUGGUGGAGUGGUACAAACUGCGAGAAGGUGACGUUUCCCAAGGUACGAUGGGAACAUUUUAAAUGUUUCACGAACCGUUUUUUUUGUAUGCAGAAGUGACGAAUUAUUAUCAUGACGAUGAAGGGAAUUUUGCAUGGGCUUAAUUGGUGUCUGCUACAUGAAACAAAAGCACCAAACAAACGAAAAUUAUCAUCGUAAAAUCAUGCGCAAAGUUAAACGUAAUUUAUAGUUGAUAUCGGCAUAUUACCUAAAACCUGGUGCCGGACCGCAACAUGCGCAGUGCUGUAGGGAAUUACAUCUUCGCGCGGUGUUCAUUUCAGUAAUCCUAAACCAUCUAUAUAUGACUGUUUCAUCCGCAUUUUUUAAAACCUUGUAAGGCUCCGUCGAGUGAACACUAUGACGGAUUGAUUUAUCUUACAGCCUUUCGUCCACACUAAACAGGAUGAAUUGUCCACCCAUCCCAAAACAGCACUUUUCGGAAACGCUUUUCAUGGACCUCUGAAAACUCACUGUAUAAGAUGCGUUUUGAAAUUUAUUCGGACUAGUGUGGAAGGAAAACCGUUUACAAUGCUUUUUUCAGUUUCUCCAUUUUCCAUUUUUUUCUUAUUAAUGUGGACAGUGCGCGUAAAAUACCCUCCUUAACUUAAUCUUUUUCAAAUUGUUUUUGUUGUUGAACAUUCCAGUUUUCACAAAUUUACUCGCUUUUUCAUCAGGGAAGUUUCAUUAAGGCCCCAGUAGUCCUUGUGACUUCAGAGCACCUGAAAACAGGUCAAGACUAUGAUGCCGCUCUCAUCUGGACCGAAGACGUAACACGUAGUUCAUUUCAAGUUUGUCUGCGGGAACUGCAAAACUUUGAUGGUAAACACGAGGAUAUUAGUGUGGUAUGUGUCAGAAGUAAAACUAGAAACAUAUUUAUUGCUCUUAAACGGAAAGAGAGACCUGGAUAAUCAUUUCUUUCAUGAAAAGUUGUCGCUAAGCAAGAUUCUUUGGGCAACAUAAUAGCCGGCAUAAUAGCCCAAGUCGUCUCAGAGUCGCCUCCAAACAAUUAGGGCGAUCGCAAUUACCUGGAUACGACUGAAGGUUUAAAUAGUCGUUCAGAACGUUGGGAUCCGUUCCAAGUCGUUGCAGAACAUUGAUUUAGGCUACGAAGACGAUCUGGACGAGUGUAUGGAAACCAAGCCUUUAUUUAAUCGUACAAUCUUUCGCAUUUACCAACUUGUGCCAAUUCAAUUCAAUUCAUUUCCUCACAACUUAUUUGCUAAUCUUAAAAAAUUAUACUCCUUUAUAGGUAUAUACGUUCAUUUUAUUUGGUUAAUGUUAAGGUUUGAGUAUGGUGGCCAAAUUAACCAUUCAGUUUUCUGAUUGGCCCCCGUAUUGCAAAAAUACGUUUCUUUUAAUACAGGCGGAAAAGAGACGCAAACGAGACGCUGUGGGACCGGAUAUUUGGGCGUCGAUGAAAUAAGCGUGUGUGAAGGUUUUUUGUGUAUUGGGAUGUGUUAGUAGUGCAGUAGCGUUGUAUAUUUUAGGGGUUGGUUGAGAUAUUUGAUGUGGAAGGCGUGGAGUUAUAUUGGACGUGGAUUGGUAAGAUAAUGACUGUAGUGUAUCAGUGAAACUGGUUUCUCGUAGAAUUUAAUAUGAAGUAACAAAAACUAAUUUUUUUGGAAGGUAAAAGUGAUUUUAGGUGUUGCUAUGAGGUAGUUGUGGGUGUGCUAAUUUCGUUACGAAGGAUAGUGUAGUUUCAGUCGGCUUAAAUGAAGUGGUGGUUUUGAAAGAUCUUAUCAAUAGUCGAAAACAUACUUGUACUUAUUUUAAACGUUGUUCGGCUUUCUGUUUAGGACUCUUUUUCGGUUAUUUUUUAUAAUAUUUGUAUGGAGAGAACGUGGAUAAGGGAAAGUUCAUUUAAUAUAGAGAAGUGGGUAUGAAGAUGUUAGGAGGGGGGGCUGAAAUUUUGUGUGUGUCUUUUUUUUUGCGCGAGGGCAAUUAUUUUCUAAAGGGAAAAUCUAAAUUAUUUAAUAGUUUCACUGAACCUUGUUUUUUCAAUACGUUUGAUUUCUAUUGCCGAUUUGUUUGCUGUGCCUCAUCUGUGCGAUGCAUAUAAAUGUAACGAGGAUAAAUGCUGUGUCUUGACAAAUCGCUUGGAAGACAUUCUACUCGCGUCGCUUGGCUUGUUUACUUGGCUCGUUUACGUUCGCACGUAUUGCGUGCCUAUUACAACUUUGAAUCAAAACAAGCGAUUUCGAUUACUCUAUUUGGGUGACGCCCAAAUAAUAACAAUUACUGCAAGAGAGAUAUGAGAGGUGGUUGGCACAAGUUCCUUCUCGAGAAGGUUCUAAUAACCUGCUCAGUUGUAGCCAUAAAGACCUAUCAAACGUGACCGGCCGCAAAAACGACAUAUACGCACGGUCUCUUCAGAAAAAUUGCUGUAUUGAAAACAAUUAUUAUACAAUUAUUGGAUGAGGUUGAGCAUGAUAUCAUGAAUUAUCAAAAACGAGGUCUGUGUUAUCUUCCGAAGCCGAAGGCUGAGGCAGAUAAUACAGACACGAGGUUUUGAUAAUUCACGAUAUCAUGCGAAAACCGAAUUCAAUAAUUGUUUUAUUAUAUAUUUUUUAAACAAUAGGCAAAAGAAGACAUUCAUCUGUUGUUAUUAUACAUCAGACUCACUAUGAAAAAUCUGAUUGGUGGAGAGCAUUAAAUCAAUUCACAAUAGCUUGUUAACUUGACAUGAUAAAUGCAAUAUCUGCUGCAGAUAUUGCAUUUAUCAUGUCAAGUUCAACGUCUGCCUGGUUACAAAGCCCCUUGGAGUGUUCUCCUCAGAAACAGAGACUUCCAAUUAAUGUUUAUAAAGAUUUUCCGUUAAGGAUUUUUGCAUUUUAAUGUAUACUUUAUUCAGACAAAGGUUUUAUUAUUGUCUUUUAAAAUUUUGAAAUGAUCUUGGUUAAGCUUAUCAGUGUCACUUUCACCUUAGUUUUGAAAAAAAGCCAUUUUUCAACAGAUGAAUGUCUUCUUUUGCCUGUUGUUUAAAAAAUGUAUAAUAAAACAAUUAUUGAAUUCGGUUUUCGCAUGAUAUCAUGAGUUAUCAAAACCUCGUGUCUGUAUUAUCUGCCUCAGCCUUAGGCUUCGGAAGAUAACACAGACCUCGGUUUUGAUAAUUCAUGAUAUCAUGCUCAACCUCAUCCAAUAAUUGUACAAAAAAUGGCUUUAUUUCAAAACUAAGGUGAAAGUGACACUGAUAAGCUUAACCAAGAUCAUUUCAAAAUUUUAAAAUACAAUAAUAAAACCUUUGUCUGAAUAAAGUAUACAUUAAAAUAGAAAAACCCUUAACGGAAAAUCUUUAUAAACAUUAAUUGAAAGUCUCCGUUUCUGAGGAGAACACUCCAAGGGGCUUGGUAACCAGGCAGACGUUAAACUUGACAUGAUAAAUGCAAUAUCUGCAGCAGAUAUUGCAUUUAUCAUGUCAAGUUCACAAGCUAUUGUGAAUUGAUUGAAUGUUCUCGACUAAUCAGAUUUUUCAUUGUGAGUCUGAUGUAUAAUAAGCUAACAAGACUGAAUUACGAUGACAAUAUCAUUGCAGAGUCAAUGUAGCUUACAACCACUAAUUUCAAUGAAUUCUUGUUGGCAGAACUGGUUUGCGUUCUCUAAACUGCUGAAAAAACCGUUGUCUAUAGAGCGCGGCGGCAUAGAUUUUCCAGGCACCAAAAACUCUAACCCACCACCGUUGGAUGAAAAUAAUAAUGCAUACUGCAAGGUAAGAAUAGACUAGAAAUUAAUACGUAUCACAUUUAUUAUACGAUUGGUUGUCAAACGUUACUCACAGUUUUGUGGAACUUUAGCCAAGGAAUGGUGAAACGUUUUAACUAAAUGUUUUUGGGUAUUUCUUGUUUUUCAGUUCGUGUUAUUCACAAGAAGUUAUAGCUCGACUCCAACAGUGCUCAUCGCUGCUAAUCACAACACAAACGUAUCCGGGAACUCAGCACCAGUUCAUAACGGUAUUUCCACGUGGAUUGAGGUAAAAAUCGCCCUAGUUUGAUACUAUUUCAGGUCAGUUGCAAGGGUAACGGAGCUUUCCGCAGAUCAUAAAAGAAAACUUCUAUUAGCGCUGUGAAUAGAUGCGUUGACAAUCAAAGAAAUUGGAUGUUCAAGGAAGGAUUAAUUGCACCUGUCAUACAAACGCCAGUUUUUUUAUUUCGAACAAUGCCGCUUGACGUCUGCGUAUCUAUGUUUUGUUUUGUUCUGUUUUCAGAACAUGAAUGCCUCUGGAUUCAGACUUUGUGUCAAAGAGUUGUUUGGAACAAGAUAUGAUCCCUUGUCAGUGAGUUAUGCAGUGCUUAAAGGUUAGAAAAUACUGAACAUUUGUCCUAAACGUAUUUGUUAUUUCAAAUAAACAUCCAAAAAGACAUAUUUUGGUAGGCUCUGUGCACAUGUGCACGUUUAAUCUCCCGUUUUCACGUUAACAAACACAUUCAAGCGGAUUUUAUGCUAGCUGCCGUAAAAUUCCUAACAUAAAAAGGCCCCGAAUAUAAGCCCGCAAACUUGAGUCCCCAAAAGGCCUUUUAUAAACCCCCCCCCCCACCCCCGUAUACUUGCCCCUGGAGAGGGUGGAGGGGGGGUGUUUAUUUGGGAAUCACUCUCACAAACGGAAAAUCGUUCCAUAUCGGAAUCCCAAAAGACAAACUCGGACAUGAAUCUUCACAUUUCAGAUUUCCAUGAGUAAAUUUUGAACUACUGUGUCGUUUCAGGGUGAUUCAUGGGAUCGGAAUGAAGGUGUUCUCAAACAAUUACACAGACGCAGUUAAUCGAUAAACCGAUAUUAAUCGAUAGUAAUCGAUAUCAGUCAUCGAUGAAUAUCGAUUUUUGAUAUCGAUCGAUAGAACUCGAUAAAGAAAAACGUUGUGACUUCGAUUAAUAUCAAUGAUUUUCCGAUAGAAAUCGAUAAUUAUAUUUUAAUCGAUUUUGUUAAUCGAUAAUAAUCGAUAAAUUUUUUUCCCUGUCACUUUGAUUUCUAUCGAUUUCCGAUAUCAAUCGGCGGAUUAACAUCGAUGAUAUCGAUUGAUUUUCGACAUUAAUUUUUAUCGGGGGAGCGGGGAUGGCGCAGUGGUGAGAGCACUCGCCUUCCACCAAUGUGGCCCGGGUUCAAUUCCCGGACUCGACGUCAUAUGUGGGUUGAGUUUGUUGUCGGUUCUCUUCUCUGCUCCGAGAGGUUUUUCUCCGGGUACUCCGGUUUUCCCCUCUCCGCAAAAACCAACAUUUCUAAAUUCCAAUCCGGAAUGCUCGAGCGUUUAAUACAUGAGCCCCUGGCUCGGGAGAUUGGGCAACCACUCCUCACGCUAUCGAGCUUAAAUAAAAUUAAUUUAAUUUUAAUUUAAUUAAUCUAUUAACUACGUCUGGAAUUACGUACGUAUGUAAUGUGAAUGGGGUCUAACAAAAUGCUCGUUUAUACCUGACGACGCCCAGGACAUAAGGAUCCACGAAAGCCAAAGUGAUUUUAGGGUUUUUGGUAUUUUUACCACAUAUAGAUAUCUGUGAUCCUGGCUGGAGCUACUUUAAUGGAUUUUGCUAUGCAAUCAGCAAGAAGUGCGCAAAUUGGACCGAAGCUUUGGCUAAUUGCCGGCAGGAAGACGCAAGUCUCGUCAACGUCAACAGUAAUGAAGAAAACGUAUAUAUACAACACCUUCACAAUGGGACAAAGUCCUGGCUGGGAUUAAAUGACAUUUCCAGAGAGGGAAUCUUCACUUGGGCAGGAAGUGGAGAAGGAAACUUCACCGCUUGGGCCAAAAACCAACCAAACAAUGUUGGUGAUGAAGAUUGUGCCCUUACACUUGGUGUUGGCCACAAAUACAAGUGGAAUGACGUGAAGUGCAGUGAUUGUCAUCAGUAUACUUGUACUUACACCGGACACGGUACAUAAAAUGCUGUUUUAAUAAUAAUAAUAACAGUAAUACAAUAAUCAACAACUUUAUUAAUUAACAUCUUGUAAAAACCUAUACACAAAAGAAAAAAAACUGCAGUAGGGUAAUUAUAGUUCCUCGCCAUAUACAUAUAUGAAAUUCUCAAACUAAAAGCAUAGGAGUUAGUUGAAGAAUAUAUAUAUAUAUAUAUAUAUAUAUAUAUAUAGAUUUGCAGAGUUGGAUUAUUUGGUCGAAGACAUUUAUCGCUCUAGUUUACCUAUUGAGCACUUUAAUAGCUGAUGAAAUCUUCAAUUAUAUAUAUAUAUAUAUAGUAAUAUAAUGAAUUGAAGAUUUCAUCAAUUUAUAUAUAUAUAAAUUCGUCCUUAAACCAUGUGCAUGACAAAACCAUCCAUUAUGCCUAUCAGCCUCUAAAACUAAAAAGUUUUUUUAAAAUGUUUCUAAAACGAAAAAAGAAAGAUUAAUUCGGGCAGGCUCAAACGUUUUCGAUCUGCAGAUCUGAGUCAACAAAGUCUAGCCGUCGUCCUCUGGAUCUUGAACCUCUCAAGCUUAGUACCGCAGAGCGUAAAAUGGCGAAAGACACUUUAGCUCUUAUCCAGGAAAUUGCGCUUGAGCAACUUUCUCCCUUCUUAUUUGCAAUCAGCUCCGCAAGUCUGCCGUGAUACUUAACACACUCUGCCAUUCCGCCUUUGGUCGUGAAAACUAGGGGAGUGAACAAUCCCUGUUCGAUCUUACUUACUCUUUCCGCAUACUGCCUCUUCUUCUCGUUCUCAAGUUUCUUGUAGAUCUGCUUGGGAGUCAAGUCUCUGUAAGAGCCUGCGUUGGGUGACACACCCGAACAUCGAAAAAUGCAGAUCUCUAUCUCUCCCAAAAGCCUCGAGCAAGAAUAUCCAAAUGGGCAUCAGGGGCUUUGUUAGCGCCAUGAUUGGUUAAAAAUAUUCAAAGGUGAUCCGCUUCAAGAUAUGUAAUUCGGAUACCAUAUUUAUCGUAAUCAUAAUUAUAACAAAAUUCAAAGUUCUCAAAUCUGAUUGCCUAUCAACUGCCCUAAUUUCAGCGCUAAUAGGACAUUGUAAUAGGACAGUACGCGUUAUGCUUAAGUCAUUAGGGACCUUACUAUCUGACAACCGCGACACCAAUGAAAACGUCACUGAAAAAUAGACUUCGCAGCCAUUCAAACUUUUUCGCGACUAUCCCAAGUCACCCAGUCAUUUGAAAGAAGGAAAUUUAAGUUGGAGCUGAGGAGAAGGGACCGCGCCCGAGUUCAGACAAAGAUGGUAGCAUUUAUCGCCUGGCAUUUUCCGUUCACAAUUCAUCUUAGAAGUGGGCAUUCCAUGUCGCACUUUGGCUGGAACGACAAAGAAAUCUACAAAAAAGCGUGAUGCACGUGCAGAGUUGUUGUUUUGCUCAUUAAACCUAUUGCUUUUUUGACGUUCCUGUUGCCGUCGCCGUCGUAGUUCGUAAAGUCCCUAUUAGGGAGUGACGACUACGGCAGCGAAAACGUCACUUUUAAAACGAAUUAGAGUUUUUUCAAACUUUGUCGCCUUUCUUCAAGUCCGGUGAAAAUGUCUAAUGUAGGCAAAUUUCCCUGGAGUUGAUUUGUUGGGGACCGCACUCAAGUUUAGAAAGAGAAAGAAAAUUUCGUCGUCGCUUGUUUACGUCCUCCAUAAAACUUGAAAUUAGGCAUUUUUACGUCAUAGUCGUGCAGUAACGACAAAGAAAUGUGCAAGAAAGAGUGAUGCACGUGCAAACUUGUUGUUCUGCUUAGUAAACCUAUUGCUGUUUUGACGUUCUCGUUGCCGUCGCCGUCGUCGUUGCUAAAAGGGACCUUACGAAACUACAAAGGCGACAGCAACUGGAACGUGAAAUAAGCAAUACGUUUAAUGAGCCAAACAACAACUCUGCACGUGGAUCACGCUUUAACUGGGCCCCUUGGAAUAAUUGGGAAAAAAAGUGAAAGGAUGAGAAGUCUAUUUUUCAGCGACGUAUUCAUGGACGUCGCCGUUGUCGGAUCGUAAGGUACCCAAAACUCCCUAUUGGACAAGACGCGCCCACACGCGCGCACUUAAGUGGCUUUUUUUUUUCUCACUGCUAGCAAAAAAUCUCGGAUUUCCUUGUGUUUUGAUUUCAAGAAAGAUCCUAAUAUAUCACAAAUUUUGUUAUGAUUAAUUGGUGACAGAACUUCGUGUUGUCCAACUCGGUCUGUAAUCGCACUCGUGAUUAAACAAAUCACUCUUUGUUAAUCACUCGUAUGAUUUCAGACCGAAUUGGACUCCACUAAGUCCUGUUACCAUUACUCAUCAAUCUUUCUCUCAGGUUUAGAAGAGUCUGCUAUUGUGGGAGAGAACAGGAACUAUUUGAGAAUUUUAACGAGUUGGUUAUCCCCUGUGGUGCAAAGGAGUAAUUCUUUCUGGAAACGCUGUUGGCGUGCAUCUUUUGACGGCAGGGCUGCAAGUACAUUUCACUCCCGAUGUGACGGCAAGGGCCCGACUGUGACAAUAAUAAGGGUCGGGAGAUAUAUUUUUGGAGGAUACACUAGUGUAUCAUGGUGUAAGUGAGCGAGUGACGCCAGUCGUCGAAGAACUAUCAAUUAAAUAUUUAAUGUUAUUUCACCACGACACACUUACAAUAAUUAAAUCCAUUGAGUAAAACUUUUUAAGUAUAUUCUUGCAUUUCUUCCGUUCAGUUUUAGUGAGAAAUUUGGCUAUCUCGUCUUCGGUUAGCCGCGUGAACGCUUUCGUCAUUUCCAUGCGUUCAUCCAUGCCAAACAGCUAGGCUACUGCACGCCACUGCCUGGAAACGAAGUUGCGAUUGUACUUUGGGGCAAUAUACCAUCGCAUCGACGGUUUAUUGCACGCAUCUUCCAAAUUUUGUCAGCGACAGCAGGUUAUCAAGUGAAGAAUAAGUCAGCGGAUUAAAGCCAAUCAGAAACGGAGAAAUAUUCUAAAUGAAUAAUGAAGAAUAUGAAAAUAUAGAAUAACUAGUGGUGAGGAGACCUCAAGAAACCGCCGUUCUUGUCCUGAGAGGUCCCCUCGAUGACAAAACUAAAUUAUUGAUAUCGGGUGGCCAGAUUGUACCGGCAAAAUUAAUUUGUUUGUUUUAUUUACUUUUACAUAUUUUCAUUAAUUGUUGGGAAGAUCAAGAAGAUUUCUUUUGAAGGAAGAUAAGAGGUACCGCAAAUGCUUGGAUUAGCGCCGAAGGGCGAAUAUUGAAUUUUUUUGACUUGAGAUCGAAAGGGUCGCUUAUUUGAAGGGGGCGCUUAUUUCUUUCUUCAGAAUUCCAGCCUCGAAACGACCUUGUCUUUGCUUCAAAUGAACAAAACCUGUAACGCUAAACAGGAAAACGUAAACAUGGCUUUCACUAGAAACCAAACUUUGUGCGUUUUUGGUACUCAUUUUUCGCUUUUAAUGUCCUGUAGUCACUAAGUUCUUUCGCAAUCCUUGUCAGAGGAGCCGUGUCUUCUACAUGCGACAGUGUAAUGUCCUCAAAUGAGUCAUUCUCUAGUUUACUAUGUACAUUUUAUUUAUGCUACAUCUCUUGAAGGUACAAGAAGUGCAUGCCUGAUAGGGUGUGUUAGCCCUUGGCCGAUGAAUCGGGCCAAUUUCGUUCCAUACGGAACGAUGCAGAUUAUGUGUUUCCGAACCCCCCUUAACUUCCGGUUUAAGUUAUUAAGUUGCUAAGCAACGAAUUCAGGAACGAUAGAUCUUAUCACCGAUACCUCAUUUUGGAAAUUCUAACCAAUCCUGCCAGAGCUACACAAAGAAACCUACUAACAUUUUGAGGAAAAAUAUACUGCCAAUUUCGCUAUUCACCGACUGCUCUUUGCAAAUUAAAUUUCUCCCUUUCCUGAAAAGUUGGCCAGCCACAAUUUAUUGGGGAAAGAAAGACGAUAAAUUGGGUAACAAGACAAGACUUAAAAUAGAAAGAAAGAUUGAAAUAUAUAUUUGCAAAAGUAUUUCCAAAUUUUGGCUUAAGUGCAUGCACCAAAAACAAAAAUGAAGCUUCACUGGCGGGAGAAUAUGCAAAUGGUUAAGGGGGCGCUAAUUCAAGCAUUAUCGGUAACUGAAGGAGGAAAAGCAUUGAUUUCCGUUUUCUUGUUUGAAACUGUAUGAAGUUCAAAGGGUGCCUCGUAGCACUACACAAACGGUAACUGAUCGAACAAAGAGAGAAUCGAAUUAACUCUGAAGUGAAAAUUCAAGGGCGACAAUUAACCAUUAAACCCCACUGAGAGUUAUUCCCAGUAAAGGGAAUUAGGGGAUCAUACGAGGCAGGCAAGGAAAGAAAUCUUUUAAAAUCGGUGGGAUUUGAACCCACGACCUCUGGACUAGAUCUACCGUAGCUUAACCGACUAAGCUAUGAGGCCUGAGGAAGCAAGUCGUCGGUAAUUAAAAGGUGGUGGAUCGCGGCGAGGAAAGAGUGUGAGGGGUACAUAGAACGUUGUCCUGCAUAGCACUAGUAAGAACAAAUGAUGGAAUAAAGAGCCUCUUUCUUCGUCACAAUAACUGUCUACGAGCCUUUUUCUUGUAUACCUGCUUGCCUUAGAAAAAGGUACAUUAUAUGGGUGGCUUCGCUGUGAGUACUAAGGCAAUGUUGCUAUUAGCACUUACUUCUUUUUCUUUUCUUUCUCAGUCUUCUAUUACUAUGGCCAGUAUCAAUACGACUCAAAAGCGUUUCUGUUUUCACUGGUGAACAAGCCAGGAUGGCCACCUGUCAAACUGCCUCAGACAGGGAGAUAUAGCUUUUACAGACAAUCCAUAUACUGUAGCAAAUCCUAUGGGCCUACAUUCGGAGGAGGAAAUGACAUGAGGUCUUAUUACAGCAACCUUGGCCAUACUUACAGCCCACCGAGCGGAUACAGCUACGGCAGCACCUUCGCCCGAACAUUCUUGGCAGGAUCACCCUACUUCACACCAGACGAAGUAGAAACUUUUUACGAAACAACCUAAAAUGCAGUGUGCUGCAUCAGCUUUGACAUUUCGCUGGGAUUGUUUUCCUGUAUUGCGCAUAACUAAAAUUAAAAAUUCACAACUAAAUUAAUCGCAGUUAUAUCCUGUCCUUGCUAAAAAGGCUAUCUUUAACUAUAAGGCAAUUGGUUGCUGCUACGAAAUAAAGCUGGAAAACUGAUAGUUAA